AUGGGUGAACAUAUUGUGGACAGAUAUCAACUCCAACCACUGCGUUCAGACUGUGUACCGUGGCGUCGGCAGCCGGGGCAGCAGGUAUUAUGGAUUGGCUGCUCGGAUAGCGGGUGCGAUGAACUGGAGAGCUUGGGUUUGCCUUCAGAUGAGAUCUUCGAAUACAGGAGUUUGGGGAACAUGAUGGUGGACGACCUAUCUUGCAAUACGACCUUGCGAUAUGCUUUGGACUCGUUGAAGAUCCGGAAUAUUGUGAUAUGUGGACAUUACGGGUGUCAUAUUGCAAAUGGAGAAGUAAAUGCCGGCUUGCAAAAACCCUGGAGCAGUAUACUUGACACUCUACGUUCGACUCAUCAUCACGCCCUAGACAGCUUGACAGGAAACGAACGCGACCGCGCGCUGGUGGAGUUAAAUGUUCUUGAGCAGGUGCACUCGUUAAGCCAGUCUCCUGAGGCUGCAGAUGCUUUGCAGAAGGACCAGCUAAAUAUCUGGGGCAUGGUCUACGACAAGGCGUCGAAAACAGGUUAUCAGUUAGUAGAAGCAUGA